CCUGCGCGCUGGCGGCGGCGGCGCUUCCCGGCGGGGAGCGGGUCCGGAGCUGGGCGCCGGACCCAAAAUUGAGUCUGGGGUCUGCAGCGUUAGGGAGCUCCCUUGCCGGGGUCUCGGAGGUCCGAUGGAGUAAGAGGGGUCGGCUGUGAGCGUGAGCGUGAGUGUGUGACGUUGAGUGCUUCCCAUCUGGUCACUAUGGUACAAGAACGAAAAUGCAUAUUGUGCCACAUUGUGUACGGCUCAAAAAAGGAGAUGGACGAACACAUGCGGAGCAUGUUGCAUCACAGGGAACUUGAGAACCUGAAGGGCAGGGACAGUAGUCAUGAGUGCCGAGUGUGCGGGGUCACAGAAGUGGGUCUUUCUGCAUAUGCAAAGCACAUUUCUGGCCAAUUGCACAAAGAUAAUGUGGAUGCCCAGGAAAGAAGAGAUGAUGGAAAAGGAGAGGAAGAGGAAGAAGAUUAUUUUGACAAGGAUCUCAUUCAGUUAAUAAAACAAAGGAAAGAACAAAGUCGACAAGAUGAAGCUUCUAAUAGCAACCAAGAAAUAAACCCUGAUGACCGGCGACCCCAAUGGAGACGAGAAGACCGAAUCCCUUACCAAGACAGAGAGAGUAGUUACAGUCAGCCAGCAUGGCACCAUCGUGUACCUCCUCAGCGGGAUUGGAAAUGGGAGAAAGAUGGCUUUAAUAAUAGGAAGAACAGCUUCCCACAUUCUUUGAGGAAUAGUGGUGGACCAAGAGGAUGUUCCGGGUGGCAUAAGGGUGUUACAGGAGGCUCCUCAUCUUGGUUUCACAACCAUAGUAAUUCUGGAGGAGGUUGGCAUUCAAAUUGUGGAAUGGCAGAUUGGAAUCAUAAUGGUACAGGAAGGAAUUCCAGUUGGCAUUCUGAAGGAACAGGUGGCUUUUCCAGUUGGCAUGUGAACAGCAGUAACGGAAACUGGAAAUCCAGUGUACGUUGUACAAAUAGUUGGAAUUAUAAUGGCCCCGGAGACAAAUUUCAACAAGGCAGAAACAGAAAUUCUAACUAUCAAAUGGAUGACAUGACAGUGCUAUGGAAUAAGAAAUCUAAUAAGUCAAACAAAUACAAUCAAGAAAGAUAUAAUUGGCAGCGGCAAGAAAACGGCAAAGUCGGUACAGUUACCACAUACAGAGGUCCUUCUGAAGGAUUUACAAGUGAUGAAUUUCCCUCAGAAGGUUUACUUGACUUCAGUUUCGAGCACCUAGAAAGCCAAACCACUAGACAAAUAGACAACGUAGCUUCCAAAAUUAGUGGAAAAAAUAGCAGUGUAGCUAGGGAAAAGCUCUGUCGCUGGACUCCUUACCCUUCUCAGAAGACUCUGGACUCACAAACAGGAUUGAAGGAAGUCACUGGUAACAAGUCAGAGAUGAUAGCUAAGCCUUUUUUUGAUUUUAGCCUGAUAGCUACAGGAAUGCAGGAGCCCCAAACUGAUGAAAUAAGUAAUCCCUCAAUGUUGAAAACACAGAAAGAAACAUAUACAGGAUCUUUUAAUCACAAAGCCACGUCUGACCUCAAUGCUUAUGAAGUGGUAAGAGAUUGCCCCAUGAAAGAAAAACCUGAACAAGAGCAUAAUUCAAGUAAAAUGCCAUCACUGAAAUCCCUGCUUCUUCCAAUUCCAGGCACUAAAUCAAUUCCUCAAAAGCAAGAUUCAAAGAAUCCCUUAAAAGUCACCAAAACAAAUUCCUUUUUACUUGGAGAUCACUCAGAUUCCUUGAACAAACCCGUCUUGGAAGGCAACCAUGGUUCUUACUUAUCCAAAUUGCCUAGUUCAUGUCCUCGAGUUUUAAAAGGGAAGAAAAGUACAUUUGGCACUCAGAGGGAACCCAAUGAAAAUUUAAGUGAUACCUUACAAAAAGCCAAAGAUGUGCUUCAGUGUCAUGAGCAAUUGCAAAAUCCACUUCUUAGCACUUCUAAAAGGACCAAGAGCUAUGCAAAAGCAAGUAGGAAUGUAGAAGAGUCUGAAAAAGGAUCUUUGAAGAUUGAGUUUCAAGUACACACAUUAGAAGAUGAAAGUGAUGGAGAAAUACCUGACACUGAAAAGCAUGCAGUGAAAAUUGGAACCCUGGGUGCUGCAACUACAGAAAUUUUAACCAGCAACACUCAUAGUGCUGAUGAGAAAGAAGGGGAUGAUCAAAUUCAGAAAAUAUCUAGAAAACUGUCCAGUUCCCCAUGUAAUUCUGCCUCUCACCAGCUAGAAUCUGAGUUACAAAUGACAUCUGCAGCCAGUCCACACUCUGGCUUAUUGCUAGACUUGAAAACCUCUCUAGAUGAUGCACAGGUUGAUGACCCUGUUAAAUCUCAUGUAUCUUAUGAAACAGAAGGCUUUGAGAGUACUAGCGUAGAUGCAGAGCUUCAAAAAAGUGAUGGAGGUCAGCCCUCAGGCUCUCUCCUACCUGAGCUAAGUAAGCUUGGCUUUCCUGCCUCUCUCCAGAGAGAUCUAACCCGACACAUUAGUAUGAAGAGCAAAACUGGAGCACAUCUUCCUGAGCCAAACCUCAAUAGUGCUCGCCGCAUUCGCAAUAUCAGUGGUCAUCGAAAAAGCGAGACAGAGAAGGAAUCUGGGCUCAAGCCAACCCUGCGGCAGAUUCUGAAUGCCUCUCGGAGAAACGUCAACUGGGAACAGGUCAUUCAGCAAGUAACCAAGAAAAAGCAAGAGCUGGGCAAAGGUUUACCUAGGUUUGGCAUAGAAAUGGUGCCUCUGGUUCAGAAUGAACAAGAAGUCUUGGAUUUAGAUGGUGAGACUGAUCUGCCCAAUCUAGAAGGAUUCCAGUGGGAAGGUGUUUCCAUUUCCUCAUCGCCUGGGUUGGCAAGGAAGCGAAGCCUUUCGGAGAGCAGCGUGAUCAUGGACCGGACUCCUUCUGUGUAUAGCUUCUUCAGUGAGGAAGGUACAGGCAAAGAAAAUGAUCCCCAGCAGAUUGUUCCACCUACUCACUCCUUGAGGGCUGCACAGAGUCAGAAAGCUAUUGUGGGUCUUAAACAGGAAAUGCCACCUCUGGCUGCCUCUUUAAGAACAGGUGAAAGGGGUGAAAAUAUUGCUACCCGAAGGCGGCAUAGUACACAAUUACCCUCUGACCUUACAAUACCUUUGAUGCAUUCGACGAAAGACCUGAGCAGCCAGGAGAGGGCUACACCACCUUCAGAGAAUCAAAAUGCCCAGGAGAGUAAUGGAGAAGGAAACUCAUCAUCAAAUGCAUCCUCAGCCCUUGCAGUCUCCAGUUUGGCAGAUGCAGCUACUGACAGCAGCUACACCUCUGGUGCUGAACAAAAUGAGGGCCAGAGUAUUAGAAAGAAACGAAGAGCCACUGGAGAUGGAUCUUCUCCUGAACUCCCAAGUCUUGAGAGAAAAAAUAAAAGAAGGAAAAUUAAAGGAAAAAAAGAACGUUCUCAGGUUGACCAGCUGCUGAAUAUUUCCUUAAGGGAGGAAGAACUAAGCAAAUCACUACAGUGCAUGGAUAACAACCUUCUGCAAGCUCGAGCAGCACUUCAGACAGCUUAUGUUGAAGUUCAGCGGCUACUUAUGCUCAAGCAGCAGAUAACUAUGGAGAUGAGUGCUCUGAGGACUCACAGAAUACAGAUUCUACAGGGAUUACAAGAAACUUAUGAACCUUCUGAACGCGUAGACCAGGUUCCCUCUAGUCUUUCACGAGAACAGAGGAACAGUAGACCUCAAACAUCUUCUGAUGCCACACUGCUGCCUACUCCCUUUUUCCCAGUUUUUCUGGAGCCUCCAUCUUCCCAUGUAUCUCCAUCAUCUGCUGGAGCCCCUCUUCAAGUAACCACAUCUCCUACUUUCCAAGCCCUUGGCAUUGUCCCUGCUCCAGACUCAUCCAUUCAAAUUAAACAAGAGCCCAUGUCUCCUGAACAAGACGAGAAUGUGAAUGUUGUGCCCCAAGAUUCUGCCUGCAAUGUAUCCAAGGAAAUACUGCAAACUAAUAGAGAAAUCAGUGACGGUUGUCCAGUUUAUCCAGUCAUCACUGCGACUUUGUCCUUAUCAGAGCUAACAGAGGGUUUCCACAAGGCUACCAUGGAGCAAGGAAGUACUAGAAACAGAGGAAACUCUCCCUCUUCCCAGUCAACUGGUCUUCCUAGCAUAAAUAAAGGUGAUGAUCCAACCAAAGGCAACAGUGGGUCUGAAGCGUGUACCAGUUCUUUUCCACGGUUGUCCUUUGCUUCAGAAACCCCUAUGGAGAAGGAGGUCCACUCUCCAGCUGAGCAGCCUGAGCAGCAGGCAGAAUCUACGCUGACAUCAGCUGAAACGAGGGGCAGCAAGAAGAAGAAGAAACUUAGGAAGAAGAAAUCUCUACGGGCCACCCAUGUUCCUGAGAAUAGUGACACUGAACAGGAUAUAUUUACAGCUAAACCUGUAAGGAAAGUAAAAACCGGAAAGUUGGCUAAAGGGGGAAAAGUACCAACUUCCACCUGGGAAGAUGGCCGAACUGGCCAGGAGCAAGAAAGUGUCAGAGAUGAGCCAGAUAGUGACUCAUCUCUGGAAGUGCUAGAAAUUCCUAAUCCUCAGUUAGAAGUGGUAGCCAUCGAGUCUUCUGAUUCUGGAGAAGAGAAACCAGACAGCCCAUCUAAAAAGGAUAUCUGGAACUCUACAGAGCAAAACCUGCUAGAAACUUCUCGUUCUGGUUGUGAUGAAGUUAGCUCUACCAGUGAGAUUGGCACUUGCUAUAAGGAUGGUAUCCCUGUGAGUGUGGCAGAAACUCAGACUGUGAUCUCCUCCAUAAAAGGAUCAAAGAACUCUUCAGAAAUAUCUUCAGAUCCUGGAGAUGAUGAUGAGCCCACAGAAGGGAGCUUUGAGGGACACCAAGCUGCAGUGAAUGCAAUUCAGAUAUUUGGGAAUUUAUUGUACACUUGUUCAGCAGAUAAAACUGUCCGAGUUUAUAAUCUGGUGAAUCGGAAAUGCAUAGGUGUCUUUGAGGGUCACACCUCUAAAGUGAACUGCCUCCUGGUUAAUCAAACCUCUGCGAAGAAUGCUGCCCUUUACACUGGUUCCAGUGAUCACACCAUUCGCUGCUAUAAUAUUAAGACCCGUGAGUGUGUGGAACAGUUACAACUGAAAGACCGGGUUCUCUGCCUCCACAGUAGAUGGCGAAUCCUCUAUGCUGGACUGGCAAACGGCACUGUGGUCACCUUCAACAUAAAGAACAAAAAACGACUCGAUAUCUUUGAAUGCCAUGGCCCUCGGGCUGUCAGCUGUCUUGCCACAGCUCAGGAGGGUGCCCGAAAGCUGCUGGUUGUGGGAUCUUAUGACUGUACCAUUAGUGUACGUGAUGCACGGAACGGACUGCUUCUCAGAACUCUGGAGGGCCAUAGCAAAACUAUUCUUUGCAUGAAGGUGGUGAAUGACCUUGUGUUCAGUGGUUCCAGCGAUCAGUCUGUCCAUGCCCACAACAUUCAUACUGGUGAACUUGUGCGAAUCUAUAAAGGCCACAAUCAUGCAGUGACUGUGGUGAAUAUCCUAGGAAAAGUGAUGGUGACUGCUUGCCUGGAUAAAUUUGUUCGUGUCUAUGAAUUACAGUCCCAUGAUCGUUUGCAAGUUUAUGGAGGACACAAAGACAUGAUUAUGUGUAUGACCAUCCAUAAAAGUAUGAUUUAUACUGGCUGUUAUGAUGGCAGUAUUCAGGCUGUGAAGCUAAAUCUGAUGCAGAAUUACCGCUGUUGGUGGCAUGGUUGCUCUCUCAUAUUUGGUGUUGUAGAUCAUUUGAAACAACACUUGCUGACUGACCAUACUAAUCCGAAUUUUCAAACUCUGAAAUGUCGCUGGAAGAACUGUGAUGCUUUUUUCACUGCUAGGAAAGGAUCCAAACAGGAUGCUGCAGGACACAUUGAAAGACAUGCUGAGGAUGACAGUAAAAUUGAUUCCUGAAGCUUUUUGCCUCCCAUGUUGGGAAGUCACUAGUUGAACUAUUUUCCUAUCAGCCCCUCACACCGGCAUUCUCUUCUCUUCUCCAGUGAAGCAGGGAAGGUGACUAUGCCAGGCUUACUGAUCGCAUAAGUCUGAGCAGCUCUAUGGGAUGAUAGGAUACACUUUAAGUUCUUGCUGGAGGUUUGUCAGAUUUAAACAGAUUUUAAGGAACCAUUCUCCUCUGGGGCAGUACAGUAUAGCAUGUAGUGAUGCAUGCUACUUGUGUUCUCCAGAUGUUAUUAAAGAUACAGAUCUUAAUUGGUUACUCAGUUUGACCCUAAUCAGACAUAUAUUUUUUAUUGAAUUUCAGUUUGUGAUUUUUGGUUUAUGUUCUUAUGAUGGUUUAAACCUGCAGUCAGGCUUUUAAGUACAAGUUUAUUCAAAUGCUAGAUUUUUCGGGAUCAGUUUUAAUUUCUCCAAUUGUAAUAAUUGGGUAGUUAAAUUGGAAGCAGAUAGUUCCCUUUCUUAACAAUUAUGUGCAAUGUGUUUCAAUGUUCUCUUGCUUUGUAGAUGGACAGAGCUGGCUUUAAAUGCUAAUAAAGGACACACAGUAGUUUUUAGUAGCUAGAGUAGCUGCUCUGUUGACUGUCUUUCAGGUAUUCAGAAGGCAGAUCACAUAAUGACAAGUCCUUGUAGACAGCACUUCUAGUCAACCUCUGUGCAAGUCUUGAUAAGAGUGCUUAGUGCAGUUAGCGCACAGAUUAAUGCCUAGCUUUCAAAUUGGCUAUUACCUGGGCUCUCUCACUGCUGCAGGUAACUGGAGGUGCAGCCUUUAUCUCCUUUUCCAGUUUCUGACUCUCCCAAGUCUGCUAAGGGUUUGAAACCUUUUGGUUUGCUCCACUGCCAACCCUUAUCUCUCCCACUGUCUUGCUGGACUUAGACUGAUGACAGCCAUCAAGUACUCUCUCUGAGCUCCCAGGAUGCUUUCCACCCACCUGUGGGCUGAGAUGGGGAAGUUUGGAUAAAGCAUCUGCAUACUACUAUAGUAGACUUAUUAGAGACUUAUUUCUGGAAACUAGUGUCUUUGUCUUCCCCUCCCAGCUUUCUGGUAAAGAUAUCUACCUGUCCACCAAGAGCAGCCAAAUUAGCAAAGCCUUAGUGGAACUGCUUUCUUUUGGGAUUUUUUUCUCUGGACUCUUAUCAGUAAGAUACGGAGUGUUGCUUUCCUACCUUUUGUUUCUGGAUCUUCAAAACUCAGAACAGAUUGUUUAGAGAGAUAGAAAGGAAGAAGGGAGAAGAGCCCAGUGCCACAUAGCAAGCCUCUCAUUUUCUAGGAUUGCAGAGCAUUCAGGUUCAUCCCUUCCCUAUUAGUGCACAUACAUCUAUUCACAUGUUUUUUCUCAGACUCUAGGGCAGGGAAGGUGGCUUCACUGGGGUUCAUUGAUAGGCUUCAAGAGGGUCGGUGAACCCCCUGAAAUUGUAUGCAAAACUAAGUAUGUGUUCUUUUUCAGGAGAGACUCCAGUGAUUCUUACUGGAUCCAAAAAACUUUAAAACUUCAUCUAAUAGGGAUAAUGAAUCUCCCCACAAACUAUUUACUUUGUCCUUGUGAAUGGGAAACUCUUUUGUUAAACACACUGUUGAGAUUUGCAUGAUGCUUGAGAGAGAACAGAGAAUUUCUACUGCAUAAACUUUUGCUGUUUCUUUAUGAGAUUAAGAAGCUUUUCCCACCUCCCACCUUACUUCCUGUGAGGUCACAGAGAAGGCAAACUGUUCUCUGCAUUGGGGAAUGGUGAUUUCCCAGGAAAGUACAGUUGGAUGUAAUGGCAAACCUGACAUUUUUCUCUGGGCCAUAGUGAAGCCUUGUUUCUAUAUUGGGCAGUGUGCUAAGAGUCCUUGAAUGCUCCGUUACAUAGGUGUCCUUCUGUCCCGAAUGAGGACAUGUCAGAAAAGAUGAGAAUGAUGGCACCUUCAUACAACAGGAAAGGAGUAUGUGAGGUGUUGAGCAAUUGUUGGGGAAAUUUGAGCGAUUUGACAGACUGAUAGAAUCAGUAAGAGCUAUGAUGGAGGUUUGAGUUUGGGAGAAUCGAGUGCAAUGUAUCUGCCCUUCUGUGUGCAUGUACAAAUGUUCCUUUGUAUGUAUGCAUAUACAUGGGCACCUAUACUUGUAAUAUUAUCCCACAUUUCAUGAAAAAAAUUUUGAAGUAGUGGCAGUAAUGUCUUUCAAGAACCCCUAAAAUUUUCACACCAGGUUCAUGUGUUAUCCAAAAUACACUUUUUCAGCCCUCUGUUUACAAAGGCACCAUAAGCAACUUGGCUGCUUAUGGUUGUGUAUUAUUGCUUUUAAGCAUCUUAAAAGUUAUGCUUUUCACAAUGUUUCGAUGAUUCUAGCCCUCUGUUUCCCCUCAGAGAAGUGCCGUGGCUCAGGGAUUUGUGUUGAUUCUGGUAUUUAAUAUCUUAAGGAAAGAAGGAAACAGUUAACUGACCUGACAGAAACCAACUCAUUUCUUAUAAGUAGUCAGAGACCAGUUUUAGAAUGUUAUUUUUAAUUGCCUGUGCCUACUUCUAAAGGCUGGAAGCCAAGAAAACAGAGCAUAAAUCCUUUGGUGUACAUCUGCUACUGUUUUAAUGGCAGUUUGUUCUGAUGGAAUACCAGUCACUUUAAGUUUUUAUACUAAAUUUCAGGUUCAAAAAUAUAUUUUGGCAUACUUCUCUACUCAGUUAUAAAGCAGUUAAACACAACGAAAGCAAAACUCUAAUUAAGAGCAAAGAGUUAUCUCAACCUUAUGUUACUUGAAUUUGAGGGAAAAUCAUUACUGCUACACUCCUGCUUUUUUGGGGAAAUUUUUUUUCUCCCUCAGAAGAGUUAGCAGUUGAGUGUUUAGCUCCUGACUUACCUAUAAUUUAUGAGCAAUACUAUUGCUAUAUAAGCAAUUGUUUGCCUAAUAAAGGUGUGUUUUGUUUUGUUUUGUUUUGUAGAUUAUUCAGUGGACAAUUUUAGUGACUAGGCGUGUGGUUGAUUUGAUGGGACUAGGUGUACACUUAGUGGAAUGGUAUGGUGUAUUGUGUAGAAGGGAAGUCAGUGGAGGGGAGAUUGAAGUAUAUUGUUAGGUGGGAUUUGAACAGUAUGCACCCUCUGGCUUGCUCAGAUAACUGCCAUUUAAAUACACUUACUCAUAAAUUUUGUUCCCAUUCCCUAGAGCUGUUAAAAGGCCAUGCCUGACAGAGUUAUAAAAUAGUGGUUUUAUCUCUGUCCCAAAUCAUCAGGUUCCAUGAGUUUUAAGAGAAGCUGGCCAACAGAUAGAAUAGAAGCUGUGGUGGAGGUGAUUUGGGCUACACUGAGUUCCUUACACAAAUGAAUGCGAGUUCCUCAUGUAAACCAAACUUACUACUAAUUGCAUAAUACCCUUUAACACCAUUUCCAACCCCCAAAUAUAUGGCCCUGUUGGGUCACAUGUUAACUAAAAUUCCCUAGAUAUGCUCUAAAUUCAAGGUAGUAGUCCAAGUGAAUUGGGGGAAAACUGUUGGAGGAAGGGCUAUUGAAGAUCUUUCUCCUGAUAAAGCGAAAUACAUGCCCUAGAGCUGCUCCAGCACCCUUGGUUUCUGAUUUUUCUUUAAAUAUUAAAUAUGGAUUUAAAGAAUAAAAUCGGAUGACAUGACUGCAAAAAUGUUUGUAAGCAGAUAGCUUAGCCUUCUUACAUUUUGGUAUAAAGCUGUGAACUUCAUAACUUUGUAAAGCAAGAAAUAAAGCAAAUACAAGAGGAAAAUAAAUUAAAAUACUUUUACUAAUUGA